GGACGCUGAUCGCAGCAACAUAAUCCUGUGUGUAUUGUUUGUUUUGGCUGGCCUUCUGUAGCUUAAUCUUAUUAAGAUGCAUAUUUAACAUCGACGCUAUGUCCACUAUAGAUUGCAUGUUUUAGCUAUCGCCACUGCAAUAGGACACGCAACAAUGGCCACAUCAUAUCAUUCUCACAGCACGCAAAGCACGAGAGCACCAGCAGCAGACACAACCGAAGCCUCAAGACCACGAAGAAAGAAAGCUAGAAGAGCUUGCUCUGCUUGUCAGAAGUCGCAUCAGACAUGUGGCAACGAGCGACCAUGUCAAUCGUGCGUCAGGCGCGGCUGCGCAGACUCCUGCCGCGAUGGCGAGCGUAAGAAGCCAAAGUAUCUCGAGGAGGGCUCGUAUAGGGUCUUCACUAUAGAGUACAACGUACCGUGUCGCAAUAACUGUGCGCCCAUGCCAUUGAAUCACACAUUCGCAUGCAAAGAUACCGGGGUCCAGUCAAGGACACCGAGCCCCGAUGCAGGGCAGACAGUAUAUCCGUAUGGAAACCUCAAUCCUUGGACGAUAUGUGCGGAGGAUCCCUUCGUCGGUCUCGAAUUGGAUGACGCACAAAUUAAGCUGGAGGACCAGUUUCUCUUAGACUCACCACAGUGUGAUACAACCAACCCAGGCCCGCAAACCGAUGCUGUGCUUGCGUUUGCAAUAGGAAGCGGGUGGUCAAGUACAUUUCUCCAGUCGGAGUAUGAGGAUUCUGUAUAGCAUAGUCAUGUAUUUAGCCAGCGUUAAUACCCUAUGUCAAU